AUGUUCAUCAAUUUACAAUAUUUAAGCUUCGGUCCAUGGACAAAUUUGCGACCACCAUCUUUAUUUGAGAUGCCAUAUCCAAGUGCUAUUUCUUCAAAUCUGUUAGAAUUACAUAUUUGUGGAACUUUCUUUACCGAUUUGCUUUAUUUACUUGAUGGACGUUUUAAUCAACUUCAUACAUUUCAUGUUAAUAUUAUAUUCUUUCACUGCACCACUUCAACAAUUCAUAGUAGGGAAAAAUUACCGAAUCUAAGAUAUUUUUCGUUACAUUCUAAUACGGGUCUACAUAAUUAUGAUGAAUCAAUUGUACCACUUCUACAUCGGAUGUUGAAUUUAGAAAAACUUGAUUUACAACUUGUGGUGCAUCGUAACAAAGGAUUCAUUAAUGGAAAUGAUUUCAAAGAAGAUAUUAUCAAUAAUAUGUCAAGAUUAAAUAAAUUUACAUUUAAUAUUCGUUUAUUCAAUUAUCUUCCUAAUCAAACUAAUAUACUUUCAAAUGAAAAUAUUCAAUGUAAAUUCAAAGAUUUUAAGAGUAAUGAAAUUAUUUCUUGUGUUGAUUAUUUUCAAGAAAAACAAUAUAGUUAUUGUCAUAUUUAUUCAUAUCCAUAUAGAAUGAAUUAUUAUGAUAAUAUCUCAAAUAAUUUUCCAGGUGGAUUAUUUAAAAAUGUUCAUAGAGUAUCAUUAUUUGAUGAACGUUCAUUUGAACAUGAAUUUUUUAUUCAAAUUCAGAAAUCAUUUCCAUUUAUGAAGGAAUUAACUGUAAUUAAUGCAAAACCGCAGAAGAAUAAAUUAUAUAGAAAAUCAAAGAACGACAAUCAAUAUUUAUCAAUUAUUAAAUAUCCUCAUCUAACUGAACUCUGUCUUCUUCAAGCUCAUGAUGAUUAUGUCGAACAAUUUUUACUUGAUACGGAUGUAUUUAUGCCGAAUAAUGUCCAUCUUAUUGUCUAUUAUCAAGCAAUGAAAAGAGUUACAGAAAAUUUCACAAGACAUGCAACACGAGUUAAUUGUGCCAAACUGGCUUCUGUGUCUCUACUUGAUACGUAUAAAUUUAUUAAACCUGUAAAAGACUAUUUUCCUCGGGCAGAUAAACAUUGA